AGUGCAGUGAAUCUCGACGACCAACUCAAUCCCGACAACCCUCCCGUCGCUUCCCAUAACAACAUCAAGAUGGCUGACGCUGCUCCCCGUGGACGUGGUGGUUUCGGUUCGCGCGGCGACCGUGGUGGUGAGCGUGGACGUGGCCGUGGUGGCCGUCGCGGCCGUCGUGGCCCUAAGCAGGAGGAGAAGGAGUGGCAGCCCGUCACCAAGCUCGGCCGUCUCGUCAAGGCCGGCAAGAUCACUUCCAUGGAGCAGAUCUACCUCCACUCUCUGCCCGUCAAGGAGUACCAGAUUGUCGACUUCUUCCUGCCCAAGCUCAAGGAUGAGGUUAUGAAGAUCAAGCCCGUCCAGAAGCAGACCCGUGCCGGUCAGCGUACCCGUUUCAAGGCCAUUGUCCUCAUCGGUGACUCCGAGGGCCACAUCGGUCUCGGAAUCAAGACCUCCAAGGAAGUCGCCACCGCCAUCCGUGCCGCUAUCACCAUCGCCAAGCUCGCUGUCCUCCCCGUCCGCCGCGGUUACUGGGGUACCAACCUUGGUGAGCCUCACUCUCUGCCCGUCAAGCAGAGUGGAAAGUGUGGUUCCGUCUCCGUCCGUCUCAUUCCCGCCCCUCGCGGUACCGGCCUUGUCGCUUCCCCCGCUGUCAAGCGUCUGCUCCAGCUCGCCGGUGUCCAGGACGCUUACACCUCCUCUUCCGGCUCCACCAAGACCCUCGAGAACACCCUCAAGGCUACCUUCGUCGCUGUCGUCAACACCUACGGUUUCCUUACCCCCAACCUGUGGGCCGAGAACAAGCUCAUCCGCAGCCCUCUGGAGGAGUUCGGUGAUGUCCUCCGCCAGGGCAAGAAGUACUAGGUUAUGGAUGAUGCAUGAUUUUUGUUCGACAAUUCCAAUGGGUUUCUUUUAAAACUUUUCCCUCUGUGCUUGGCGAUUAAAGAAGGUUCGUUUGUGCGAGAGACAUCUCCGCAACGCUCUGGAUGUAUUUAUCAUGGAGAGGGACACAAAAUAGCGAAGUCCACGGGCCAU